CAUAACCAGAUUUGAAGAAUGGCACACUUGUCGAUGUUGUGCAUUGUCAUGGUCUGUGUCCUCCUACCACAUCUCGUCGAAAUGAAGACUGAGAAGAAAUCUUGGAAACUCCCACUACAUAUUGAUGGAGAUGGAUCAUGGGGUAUCAAGCAUAGUGGAUUGACUAUUGGAGCGAAGGACAAGGGAAUUGUGAUAAUCAAGUCUGGUUAUUGUUCCACCGAAUUCGAUCUGUCGAAACCGACUGCAGAGGAGUUGUCAGCAAAGAAGGGAUCUCGACAGGUCACCACUGUCUGUGAUUUUCCUGAUGUGAAGAAGAGUGGCAAGAAGAGUGGCGCGAAGACGGAAGCGAAGGAAGUGAAGGAUAAGAAGAAAGAAUGAAAGUCAUUUUCUAUGAGGAGUUCAUCACUUUUCACUUCUUUCGUCGUGGUGAAAUGUGGUGUUAUUUGUGAUUGUAGAUUUACUCAACUAAUGCUCAUCGAAG